AUGAUCUCUGCUACGCCCUCGCCCUCGCCCUCCGCCAGGGCGUUGCGGAGCCGCGACAACUCCCCGUCGCCUCAUCCGCGUUCUCUGGCUCGCAUGCCCUCAUACCAGCGGGUGAAUACGACUCUUCAUCCCUCCUCCUCGGUCACUCCAGUCUCCGCCAACAGCACAUCCUCCAUGACCCAGAGCCCCUAUAUCAGCUCGAUCCAAUCUUCUCCAUUGGUGUCACAUCCCAUCUACCAAUUACCUCACCUCGGAAACCCCGUGCCAUUUGAGCUCGGCGAGAGCCUCGUCUCCCCUCAUGUGUUUUCUCCCCCCAAGGAACCCUCGGCAGGCUCCAAGGUUGGAAUCAUGCGCAAGCUCUCCCAAAGUGCCAAAGAUGGCGUGUCCUCAGCUCGACAGACUCUGCGGAGGAAGGCCUCAUCGUCCGCCCACUCCCGGCGUGACGGAAGCACUGGGCCAAUCACCAGACGUCGCAGUGACAGCAAGAAUGCCAUUACGAGUGUUUACACUGUGGAGUCGCCGUCUUUGGAUCCCUUGCCCCUGGAUCUGCAGACGGGCUUGGGACUCUACGCUGGUGACACAAUGAGCAUUUCCAGCGAGCCCACCACAUUGAUAGACACGAGUCCCGAGGGCCAAGCGCCGUGCGUCCCGGAGCAUCUGGUGGCGGGCUGCUUAUUGACCAAGAUCACCAAGAACAAAAAACAAGAGAAACUAUUCUACAUGGACGUCGAGGGUUCCCGUGUCUCGUGGAAGGGUGCGGUGACAACCAAAGUCUUUCAUAUUGACAACAUCAAGAGCAUCCGGAGUGGCGAGGAAGCUGCCAGUUACCAGUCGCAGCUCCGUGGUGAAGCCGUCGACCCGGAGCUGUGCUUCACCAUCAACUAUACCACGUCGGAUUCGGCCAAGCAGGUCAAGUCAUUGCAUCUCGUUGCUCGCAAUCGCCAGGAUCUUCGACUAUGGGUCGAGACCUUGGAAAGCCUGGCGAAGCAUCGAGAGGAGCUGAUGACGAGCAUGGUCGGAUCUACUGAACGCGAAUCGGUCGUUCGAGCUCACUGGGACAAUGAAAUGGCAAAGCGGACGGCCAAACACAACAUCGCCAAAGCCGACGGUCUUGACCUCCCAUCCAUACAGGUGCUUUGCCGUAAACUCCACAUCCACAUUCCCGAGAGGGAGUUGGAGGAACAUUUUCAUUUUGUCGACGUCAACAAGUCGGAACUCUUAGACUACCCUCAAUUCCGGGAAUUCCUCAGACGUCUUCGAGAAAGAAGCGAUAUCAGGAAGAUCUUCGACGAACUGAGGGGUGACGAUUCCAGGGGCGUUACGAGGUCUCAGUUCAUUGCCUUCCUUAAGCGUCAUCAAGGGAUUCAUAUCGAUUCCCUGUCCGAGUCUGAUGUCUGGGAGGAGAAGAUCAACGACUUGAUAGCCAUGUCGUUUUCGGAUGAUCCAGUCAUGCAAAGAUCCGGUCUCAUUGACGCCAACGCUUUUGCAUCUUUCAUUGUCUCCAAGGACUGCCAUGUCUAUACCAAGCCCGAAGCUUCGGCUCCCAACUUUGAUCGACCUCUUGGGGAAUAUUUCAUUUCAAGCUCCCACAACACGUAUCUGACCGGUUGGCAAGUGGGAGGCACCGCUUCAGCGGAAACCUACAUCACUGCCUUGCGACACGGAUGUCGCUGCGUUGAAAUUGACUGCUGGAACGGUCAAGAUGGCCACCCGAGAGUGACCCACGGUCGUACUCGCACAAGUUCGGUACUUUUCUCGGACUGUGUCAAUGCCAUCCAACGAUGCGCGUUCGAUGUCACUCCGUACCCGGUGAUCAUUUCCCUGGAAGUUCACUGUGAUGCCGAACAACAAGCCAGAAUGGUGCAGAUCAUGUGUGACGUGUUUGGGGAGCGCCUUCUUCUUUACCCUCUGCCUGGCUUUACGGCACAGCUGCCUUCUCCAGAAGAUCUCAAGUACAAGAUACUCAUCAAAGUGAAGUCCACAGAGCUUCACGCGGACCUUGCAGCGUCGCGGCGUCCUGCCCCUGUGAAUCGAGAUCGGAGCGCAAGUUCUCCGAACAGACUCGGAGCCCAACCGACAAACUGGGUGCUCCCAGCAAAAGUACCCUAUGUCUCGAGUCCCGCAUUGGUUACGCCUCCAGAGACCAUUUAUUCACCCACCGACCGAUCGGUCACGGCAACAAGCGGAAGCAGUGCCGAUGAGGAAAGCGAUGUUGCACCGAACUCACCUUCGACCAUUGAAAGUCAGCGGCGUGUCCCAAAGCUGAGCAAGGUGGGCUCUCAUUUGUCUGCUCUCGGCGUAUAUAUGAAAGGCUAUACGCUCCGCGAUGCUAAGGACCUUCGUUUCCAACAAUACAACCAUAUAUUCUCGCUCAACGAAAACAGAGCCAUCGAGCUCUGUCGUUCUACGGAGCACAAAUCUCUGUUCGAAGACCACAAUCUCCACCACCUGUGCCGUGUUUACCCCAAGACUCUGCGCUUCCAGUCCUCCAAUUUUGAUCCCAACACCUUCUGGCGGAGGGGGGUCCAAAUGGUCGCCUUGAACUGGCAGACCUUCGACGCUCAUAUGCAGAUGAACCAGGCCAUGUUUGCCGCCGGUACAGACGCGUAUGGCUAUGUGUUGAAGCCCGACUAUCUCAGAAAGCCUCGGACCAAGCACGGAGAUUUCGAGCAUCGGGUCAAGCUGCCCCGCUAUAAGAUCAGAUUCUCCGUCCAAGUGAUUUCGGCUCAACAGUUGCCUCGAGCGGCAAACAUGGGCAAAGAUACCCCAUUGAACCCGUUUAUUGAAGUGCAAAUGUUCAGCGCAGAGGACCGAGCUCGGGGGAUAGCCAACGGCACUGGUGGCACCGAGACCUACUCGAACGGCUAUCACGGCAUUGGAUCGCCCUAUCGAAGACAGACGCAAAUUCGGUUCGGCAAUGGGUAUAACCCUCAAUUUGGGGAAAACAUCGAACUUUCCCUCGAGACCAAAUACCCUGAACUUGUUUUUGUUCGAUUCAUCGUCCUAAAUUCGGAUGACGGAAGACACACGGGCAAAGGGGUCAAACAGCUUGCGGCCUUCACAGCCAAACUCGACAGCCUGCAGAAAGGCUAUCGACAUCUCCCCUUGUUUAAUGGACAAGGAGAAGAGUUCAUAUUCUCUACGCUGUUCUGCAAGAUCGCCAAGCAGGAGCCCAAGCUGAUGCCUUGGUCGUUGCAGGACGUCACGGAGCGGACUUCCAGACCCAACGUGCUUCGAGGUUUCCUCUCACGCGGCCUGUCAAGCGAUCGAGGCAGGGAGCGUGGGUCCGGUGUCGAAGAAUCAGACGCUGCCCGAGCAAGAUCGAACCGUGACACCGAGGAGAAGGCUAUCAAAAAGUAA